UGAGAAUUUGGGCAAACAAAACCCACAUCACCAAACAGGUUAUGUCAAUGGGGCCCUCUGUAGACCAUCUGGAUAACCUAAUGGCCGACUACGGAAGGCGACUGCCAUACUCUGGCUUCCAAACUCCAGAACAACCUGGUGACCAUUUGGAUGCGUUUUCUCACCGCCGCACCCCAUUUAUCAUAUUAGGACCAUUUCCACCGUUUGGAGGUGAUUUGUUGUUUGGUGAGAUGGUGCAAUGAGGAGGUAGGGUGAGCACUCACUAUGGCGAGUUUUCAGGCCUGGUCGUACUGCUCACCAAACAUUGAAAAUGGUCGACACACAGUGAGAGCCAGUGAGUGUGUUGUGAGUGCAAUCUCCCAACCAGCCACACACACAGACAGGCAGCUAAUGACCAUAGCUUCGCAAAAUGGAGUGAGUACAUUGUUUGUUUAAGUAAAAACAGAAUGACCGAUUAAGAGAAAUUGGAACCUGGAAGGCAGAAGUGGGAGGGCCAAGAGGGUGACACAGAGAGAGGCAAAGAGGCAAGAAGUGGGAGAAAGAGAGAGAGAGAGAGAGAGAGGAGAGGAGAGGAGAGGAGAGGAGAGGAGGGGGGAGAUAGAGAGAUUUUGUCGUCAAAGGAAAGUUAGCAGAGGUUAAUAGUGAAAGAGAGAGAAGAGUGUGAGCAGAGAAGUAUAACAAGCCCAUCAUUUCCCAUCCUUCCCCACCUCCUCCAGACCAACGACCACUCUGUACCUCUCUCUCUCUUCACCUCCUCCUCUCUAUCUCACUUCUCGCCUCUCUCUCGCUCUCUCGAUAGCUGGCUCUCUCGCCGCUCGUUUACUCCUAACCCUUCCCUCCUGGCAGGCGCAAGUCCCCACCCAUCGCUGACGGAGCCUACACGACGUGGGGUGGCGCCACAAGCUUGACUUUCACUGCUAGGAGGGAGAGAAGAAGGACGAGCCUGCAGGGUCCACGACGAGCGACCCACCGAGAGCGAGCGAGCAAGCGAGAGAGAGAGAGAGAGAGAGAGAGAGAGAGAGAGAGAGAGAGAGAGAGAGAGAGAGAGAGAGAGAGAGAG